AUUAAAAAUUGAAAUAUAGACACUUCUCUUCUUAUUCAUAAAUAAAUUCUUUCCAAAAUUCUUAUAUCUUGCUUCCAAUUCGUGCAAUAUUCAGACUUAAAUUAAUGACUUAGCUACUCUUGCCACCUACACCCUUAAUACUAAAGAAAGGAGACAAUAGCAACAACUACAGUUGUAUCUUAAUAAUACAAUACCCCCAUACACAUCAGGAUCAUCGUGAAUUAUGACCAGUAUAUCAUACAUACUCAAUUCAGAUGAAGAUGAUAAAUCUAUGGACCAAACUUCAAAUGUACUGAAGUCCAAAUGGAAUUCCGUGGAUGAUUCGUCUUCACUAAAUAGUGAUUUCUCCUUGGGGAUCCCCAAUGACGUUAACUCUGUACCGAUGUCUUUAUCAUCCACGCAAACUGAAUCAUCUUUAGGAUCUUUAACUGAAUCAUCAUCUGGUUCUUUAACACCACCAUCAUCUUCCUCACCACCGACGUCAUUGUCGUCUUCAUCAUCCACUUCGAGGUCAUCGAACCCACCUUCAAGAGCAUCUACCACUGUAAAACGCAGAAAUAGUAUUCCUAAUAAAAAUCUAAUUCCUAGAUCAAAGAUUAGCAAAUCACAUCUUUUACAGAAAGAACUUAUCAAGAUUGCUGUACGAAGAAAGGCUAUUUCGAAAAAACAUGCAAAACCUAUUGGAUCUUCAGAAUCAUACUCGAAAUUACAUGUCAAGUCUCUUGAAGCAGGAUUAAGAGUUAAAUUAACCUUAUCGCCAUCCAUAUUUGCCUUAUAUAAGAGCUUGACCCCCAAUGUCAAUGUCAGACACAUUAGACCACUUGAGAAUUCGUUAAGUGAUAAUGAUAGUAAAGAUCUUGAAUUCACUGCAAGUACAAUUCCUUCACUUAUUACGAAGAAUGUUCAAUUAAUUGAUAAUAAUUUAGUUAAUAUGUCGAUGUUUUCAAAGAAAAUGUUACAAUCUUUUAAUAAAGAUUCUUGUCCAACUGGGAAAAAGGAAUCUGAAAAGUAUCCAAUUUUCAAUUCCUUAAAAACAGCUGUACAAUCACUCUUUGGGAUAAAUGAAUUUACAUUUAUUAGAGUCACCAGAUCAACCAGUGAUGAUACUGAAGGAUCCACUUUACUUAAAUUAGAAGCAGCCAAUCCUGGUGACUAUUGGCUUUUAGAUGAGGAGGAGUUAUUAGAAGAAAUGAUUUUCAGUAUCGGUAAACCAGGUGAUGUACCAAACAAUCUAUUUGUGAAAAAAGUUCUUGCAAGGCCUAGAUAUAAAUCUGAUAUGAAACUAUAUAUAGUGCCGAAAAAGACUGACGCCUCUUUAUAUAUCGAUGAAAGAGUACUUGAAAGAGACAUGGUUAAUGGAGUAGUCGAUUCUGAAGAGUUCAACCAAAGAGCACUAUUCUCAUGUUUUGAUUAUGUUCCUAUAUCAAAGGAAGUUAAUGAACUUAUUAGUUUUGGAAGGACAUUAAAUAUGUCACCUCCAGUAUGAACAAAUUUAUUUUAAUGACUUUAUGACUAUUGAGAUGAAAAUGAAAUGAUUUAACAAAUAUUAUUGUAGAAUAAGAAUCGAUAAUAAUUAGUAGCAUGAGUUUCUUGAUAUCCAACCAAGAUAUUCAUAGCAAAUGUGGGUCAAUGGCCAUACAUCGUGAUGAAAC